AUGAAGCUGAAGGUGUCUACUGUAGUUCUCAUCUCUCUGUUAUUGGCGAUCGUCCAGGAAUCCGAAUCGGCACCAACUGAUAUAACCGAACAUCAUCAUUUUCAUCACGGUUAUCCUCAUUUCUAUGAGCCACCGAUUUAUCACCAUCAUCCUCAGCAUCACCACCACCACCACACUCAUUACCACGAACCUCAUUAUCAUUACCACCAUGGUGGAUAUGGCGACUACUAUGGCGACGGCUACAGUGGGGACUACUAUGACUACCCCUAUGGCGACUACUAUGGCGGCUACUAUGGUUACCCCUAUGACGGCCACUACAACGGAUACUAUAGCGACUAUUAUGGUGGUUCCGAGAGCUAUUUUACAAACCCACCGACGGGUACUCCUCAAAGUGACGGGUUAACAACUUGA